AUGAAAACAACAGAUGGUAGAGAUAACGACAUUCUAGAUAAACAAGGAGUUGAAACGGAUGCCAAAGACAGAAAAGAGACAUUGAAAGAUACACUUCAAUCAAGUAACCGCAUAAGAGAAAGUCAGGAGACAUUAUUUCCGAGGGAAGAUGAAAAUGAGCAGCAGGCUAAAAUCACUGUUCACACAAUAGAAGAGGCAAUGACAACUACUAAAGAGCGCACGCCUGUAAGUGUUUGGUGUGGUUAUGAUAAUGCGUUAUCCUUUUAGUAUAUAACAAGAUCAAAGAAAGUAGUGUCCGAUAGCCCGGGGUAGUGGAUUUUGCUAUCGGGCUAGUGAGUUUUGUUCUCGUAACUUGCCCGACGGGCAAGUGAAGUUUUUUUAGGAAUUCAAAUUACAGAAGAACUGUGAAAUCAGUUCUGCUUAUGAAAAGUUUUUUUAAGCUAGUUGAAAUGACGUUAGCGCUAAACUUUUUUGGCGCUGUAGUCAUCUUAUUACUUCCCUUUACUUUUGACUGAUCUUGGAUUAGACGUCCUAACUUAGCAAUAUAUAGUGAGCUUAAGCAACAAAGACGGCGCGGUGGUUACCAAAACGCCACAUUAUAAAAAGAGAAUUCGAUUUGCUUCAAACUUUAUCGUACUUAUUCCAACCGAACUCUUUCAAUUCGUCAAAUGUCGGCAAAUUAGACUGUAUCGAAGUUGAGGAAAAGAAAAAGAAAGUUGUUGUCUUGUGUUGACGUUCUCCACAAAGCGUAAACUUAGGCCGUAUUUUGACGUCGCAGUCUUGUACUGACAGCAAAGAAAUGUUCAAAAAAGCGUGAUGCACGUGCAAAGUUUUGUUUUCCAAUCUAAGCCUAUUAGCAUUGCUUUUUUUUCCGUUUUCGUUGCCGUUAAUGUCGUCGUUGUUGCUUCAGCUCCCUAUUGUUUAUAAACGUGUUUGCUUUGUAAAGGACUUCAAGAAGACAACUACUUUCUUUGAAAAAAAGUAGCUGGCUUUUUCUUGUCCUUCACAAAACCCGUGAAAUUAGGCACUUAGUCACGUCGUUGUUGUUGCAAUGUACAAAAAAUCGUGAUGUACGCGCAAAGCAGUUGUUUUUCUUAUCGAAGGCCCUGUCCACAAUAUGCGUUUUCAAAAGUAUGCGUUUUUGUUGUCAUCGACAACGAGUCGAUUGAUUUGCGUCCACACUACCGUUUCGAUGCGUUUUCGACUUUCCCUGUUAAGAAGUUCGAAAACGAUAGGGUUACACGUUAAGAAGUAAGUUAAAGCAUGAGCGCAUCCUAGAAACAUGCGCCUGCGAUAUUUCCUCUGUCUCUGAAGGUGUAUUCUAAAUUUUCCUCCAGGACCCUAAAGAGGACUUUCUUAAGUUAAAACCGCCUUUACAGAUCUCAGGAGAACAGUUUGGCAGAUACACGGUGACUCAGACCGGGAAAAUCAUCACAAUUUCAGGAGGACAAGUUAGUUCCACUACUAAUGACGAAGAAAUACCUCACUUUCUUCUCAGUUUCUACCAGAUUCGCGCUUUAUUAACGUCCUUACCAAAAAAUAAAACUAAUAAUACAUUAAACUAAAAAUACAUUAAACUAAUAAUACAUUAAACUAUUCAGAGCAACAUACUAAGGCCUAAAGGAUCAAGUCAACUCCUUUGUUAACUUCAUUGACCAAGUUCGAUCCCUUCAAUAUUUAAUUCAGCGUUGUGAAAAGAAUUCACAGAAACAUGAGCAUCUGCUCGGGCUUAAAUAAAAAGCAGGUUUUCAAUAUUUUGGGACCUUAGUUUAACUGAGAUGUUUGAAAGAAGCGUAACAAUGUAGCAUACACUGUGUCAAUUAAGCCGCACAGUUCCUACAUUUAAUAUCUUACAUUUUAUGAUCAACAGACAAUACAAUCUUCAGCUGAAAAUUCCGAUGCCGUCAUGAAAACAACAGACGGAAGACAUAAAGAUAUUCUAGAUAAACAAGGAGUCGAAACGGAUGCCAAGUACAGAGAAGAGGCAUUUGAAGAUACACUUAUAUCAAGCGACAACAUAAAAGAAAGUCAGCAGACACUAUUUCCGAGGGAAGAUGAAAAUAAGGAGGCUAAAAUCACUGUUCACACAAUAGAAGAGGCAAUGACAACUAACAAAGAGCGCACGCCCGUAAGUGUUUGGUGUGGUUGUGAUAAUGCGUGAUCCUUUUAUAUAAUAGACUUUUUUGGCGCUUUUGCCAUGUUGUUACUUCCAUUUACUUUUGACUGAUAUCUUGGGUUAGACGUCCUAACUUAGCUAUAGUGAUCUUAAGAAACAAAGUCGGCGGUGGUUACGAAAACGUCACUUCAUUAAAAGUGAAUUCGAUUUGCUUCAAACUUUAUCGCACUUAUUCCAACCGAACUCUUUUGAUUUGUCAGAUGUUGGCAAAUUUGUUCUGGGGUUUAAUUCUAAAAGACUGUAUCGAAGUUCAGGAAAAGAAAAAGAAGGUCCCUGUCUUUUGUUGAUGUUCUCCACAAAACGUGAACUUAGGCCACAUUUUCACCUCCCAGUCUUGCAGUGACAGCAAAGAAAUGAACAAAAAAGCGUGAUGCGCGUGCAAAGAUGUUUUUUUGCCAGUCUAAGCCUGUGAGUAUUGCUUUUUCGCCGUUCUCGAUGUCGUUACCGUCAUUGUCGUUGUUGCUUCAGCUCCCUAUUGUUUAUAAACCUGUUUGCUUUGUAAAGGACGUCAACAAGACAACUAUUUUGUUUGAAAAGACGAAAAGAAUUCGAAAAGACUGUAUCGAAGUUCAGGAAAAGAAAAACAAAUUCGUUGUCUUGUCUUGACGUUUUGGCAAAAAACGUGAACUUAGGCCGCAUUUUCAUUUCGCGGUCUUGCAGUGGCGGCAAAGAAAUGUUCUUCUUGCCGUUACUGUCGUCGUCGUCGUAGUUGCUCAAGCUCCCUAUUCUUUACAAAAGAGUUUGCUUUGUAAAGGAGGUUAACAAGACAAAUACUUUCUUGUUCACGUCCUUUACAAAACCUCGAAGAUUAGGCACUUAGUCACGUCGAUGUUGUUGCAAUGUACAAAAAACCGUGAUGUACGUGCUAAGUUGGUGUUUGCUAAUCUAAGGCCCUGUAAACACUAAAGAGUCACUAAAGCGUUAUCAAAAGUAUGCGUUUUUGUUGUCAUCCACAACGCGUAGAUUGAUUUGCGUCCACACUAUUGUUUUGAUGCGUUUUUGACUGGCCACAUAAAGAAGUUCGAAAACGACAGAGUUGCACUUUGAGAAAUAACUUGAACAAUGUGCGCAUUCUACAAUCACACGCCUGCCAUAUUUCGUCUGUCUCUGAAGGGUAUUCUAAUGUUUCUUCCAGGACCCUAAAGAAGGCUUUCUUAAGUUAAAUUCGGCUUCAGGAGAAGAGAGUGGUGGAUACACAGUGACUCAGACCAGACGAAUCAUCACAAAUUCAGGAGGACAAGUUAGUUACACUUUUAAUGAGGAGGAAAUAUUCUGAAUUUCUUAUCAGCUUCUAUAUAGACCAGAUUCGAGUACCAUACUAAGGCCUAACAAAUCAAGUUAGACGUAGAACAGGCCAACUGAAUUCCUUUGUUAACUUCGAUAACCAAGUUCGAUCCCUUUUAUAUUUAAUUCAGCAGGAUUGUGAAAAGAAUUCACAGAAACAUGUGCCUCUGCUUGCGACUGGAAUAAAAAGCAGGUCUUCUUUUCCAGAAUGUUUUGGCACUGUUGUUUAACCUCAGAUGUUUGAAGGAAGCGUAUACGUAAUAAUACAGCAUAAAGUGUGUCAAUUUAGUCACACACAUUUAAGAACUUAAAUUUUUUAAAUUACAGACCCUACAAUCGUCAGCUGAAAAUCUUCAAACCGUCAUGAAAACAACAGAUGCUAGCGAUAAAGACAUUCUAGAUAAACAAGGAGUUGAAACGGAUGGCAAAGACAGAGAAGAAACAUUAAAAGAUGCACCUACAUCAAGCAACAACAUAGAAGGAAGUCAGCAGACACUAUUUCUGAGGGAAGAUGAAAAUAAGCAGAUGGCUAAAAUCACUGUUCACACAACAGAAGAGGCAAUGACAACUAACAACGAGCGCACGUCCGUAGGUGUUUGGUGUGCUUAUGAAAAUACCUAAUCCUUUUAUAUACAGGGUGUCCCAAAAGUUUCGUUCCUCUAAUUUCAUGUGUUAUAACUUUUGAUGAAAACUUUAUUCUUACACUAAAUUUUAGAAGGUGUUUGUUGCUCUAUGGAGUGCAUGUAGUAAGAAUUUUAGGAAAGGGCAUCCCCCCUUCGUCAUUUUAUCACAUUCUGUAGUCGUUGCAGCAUGGAGUGGGGUACAGCAUGAAGAUCCACAGAUGACUCUAUUUUAAGCGGAAGCCACUUCUCCACUUUUACCCCCCCCCCCCUCCCUUAAACAAUAUUUUUUUAGUUUAGGCGUUUAGGCAGCUGGAGAAAUAUACUUUAAGCAUGCAUCCGAAAAAGAUAAUGAUCCCAGCCCCUAUUCAUAGUAACGCUUUUGUACUCCUUUACAAAUUUUAAACGAGCUCAUCGUUGAUUUGCAGAGUAAGCACAGGUUUGGUUGCCAUCUCAGGGGCCUAUAACCUUUGCUUUUCAUGAAACAGCUUUAGACAUGGUUUGCUAACCAUUGUGACACCUAUUUUGAAUCUAUUUUAGCCGCUUUAUUCUGGACAAUCAGUGUUCUCUUUCUUUUUUGUCUUUAAAACCUUUAUUUCUCGAUGACCAUUUCACCACCGAAAAUUCGGAUUUUUCCAUGUUUUGAAUCAGUUAUUUCUAGUGAUAAGCCAGUAAAUCGAAGUAAGCAAGCUUAUGCUGUCACGCAGCUGAACUUUUUUGCGUUUAGAUGUUUUCUCUUUCAUAAUAUUCUCAAAAAACAAGGAAGGAGUUUGACAAAAUCGGGCUACAAAAUACAAAAAAUAAAUGGCGAGAAAAUGUACUCGCGUACGCGCAUCUUCGGCGCAAAACUACACAAAUUGAAUAUUGGAGAUAAUAGUAUAACAAGUAUAAAAUAUUAAAUAAAAAGCAGGUCUUCCAUUCCAGAAUGUUUGGCACUAUUGUUUAACCUGAGAUAUUUGAAGGAAGCGUAAUAAUUUAACAUUAACUGUGUCAAUUUAGCCACACACAUUUUAUAACUUACAUUUUUUAAUCAACAGACCCUACAAUCUUCAGUUGAAUAUUCCCAAACCGUCAUGAAAACAACAGAUGGUAGAGAUAAAGACAGUCAAGAUAAACAAGGAGUUGAAACGGAUUUCAAAUACAGAGAAGAGUCAUUGAAAGAUGCACCAACACCAAGCAACAACAUAAAAGGAAGUCAGCAGACACUAUUUCUGAGGGAAGAUGAAAAUAGGCAGGAAGCUAAAAUUACUGUUCAAACAACAGAAGAGGCAAUGGCAACUAACAAAGAGCGCACGCCCGUAAGUAUUUGGUCUACUUAUGAUAAUGCGUGAUCCUUUUGUAUACUAGAGUUUUUUGGCGCUUUAGUCAUGUUGUUUUUUCCCUUUACUUUUAAGCAAUAGUGAGCUUAAGCAACAAAGACUGCAUUAGGUACGAAAACGCCACUUCAUUAAAAGUGAAUUCGAUUUGCUUCAAACUUCGUCGCACUUAUUCCAACCGAACUCCUUCAUUUCUUCAAAUGUUGGCAAAUUUGUUCUGGGGUUUAAUUCUAAAAGACUUUAUCGAAGUUUAGGAAAAGAAAAAGAAAGUCCUUGCCUUGCGUUGACGUUCUGCACAAAACGUGAACUUAGGCCCCAUUUCCACGUCGCAGUCUUGCAGUGAUGGCAAAGAAAUGUACAAAAAAGCGUGAUGCACGACUAAUGCACGACACAUUGUUUCUCAUUUUCAACUUGGAUAUGGUCUCUAAGAAUUCAAUUCCAGGAAGGUUUGCCUACAUUUGACAGAAUAAGUGGGUAGGAAUAAUUCCGAUAAAGACUGAAAGAACGCAAAUUCACUUUUUAAGCGUCGUUCUCGUUGCCGUCGAGUGGUUGAAUCUUAAAGUCCCUAUUAAGAAGUUCGAAAACGAUAGAGUUGCACGUUGAGAAGUAAGUUAACCAUGUAAGCAUCCUACAAUUACGCGCCUGCGAUAUUUCGUCUGUCUCUAAAAGCGUGUUCUAAUUUUACCUCCAGGACCCUCAAGAGGACUUUCUUAAGUUAAAAUCGUCUUCAGGAGAAGAAAGUGGCAGAUACACGGUGACUGAGACCAGAAUAAUCAUCGCAAAUUCGGGAGGACAAGUAAGUUCCACUACUAAUGAAGGGAAAUAUCUGACUUUCUUAUUAGCCUCUACCUAUACCAGUUUGGGGCUCUAUUAACGAACUUAAGAAGAAAUAAAACUAAUAAUACAUCAGUUAGGCUUAGAACAGGCCAACUAAAUUCCUUUUUUAAUUUCGUUAACCAAGUUUGAUCCCUUUGACAUUUAAUUCAGCAUUGUGAAAAGAAUUCACAGAAACAUGUACCUCUUCUUGUGGCUGGAAUAAAAAGCAGGUCUUUCUUUCCAGAAUGAUUUAGUACUAUUGUUUAACCAGAGAUGUUUAAUGGAAGCGUUACAAUAUAGCAUAAACUGUGUCAAUUUAGCCACACACAUUUAAUAACUUAAACUUUUUUAAUGAACAGACCCUACAAUCCUCAGCUGAAAAUCUCCAAACCGUCAUGAAAACAACAGAUGGUAGAGAUAAAGACAUUCUAGAUAAACAAGGAGUUGAAAGGGAUUUCAAAUACAGAGAAGAGACAUUGAAAGAUGCACCUAUAUCAAGCAACAACAUAAAAGAAAGUCAGCAGACACUAUUUCCGAGGGAGAAUGAAAACAAGCAGGUAGCUAAAAUUACUGUUCACACAACAGAAGAGGCAAUGGCAACUAUGAAAGAGCACACGCCCGUAAGAAUUUGCUGUACUUAUGAUAAUGGGUGAUCCUUUUGUAUACUAGAGUUAUUUGGCGCUUUAGUCAUGUUGUUACUUCCCUUUACUUUUGAGCAAUAGUGAGCUUAAGCAACAAAGACUGCAUUAGUUACGAAAACGCCACUUCAUUAAAAGCGAAUUCGAUUUGCUUUAAACUUUUCGCACUUAUUCCAACCGAACUCCUUCAUUUCGUCAUAUGUUGGCAAAUUUGUUCUGGGGUUUAAUUCUAAAAGACUUUAUCGAAGUUCAGGAAAAGAAAAAGAAAGUCCUUGUCUUGCGUUGACGUUCUCCACAAGACGUGAACUUAGGGCCCAUUUUCACGUCGCAGUCUUGCAGUGAUGGCAAAGAAAUGUACAAAAAAGCGCAAUGCACGACUAAUGCACGACUACCACGUUAAAAUGCCUAACUUCGCGUUUUACAGAGAAAAAAAACAAGCAACGACGAAAAUUUUUUUCUCAUUUUGAACUUGGAUAUGGUCUCUAAGAAUUCAAUUCCAGGAGGGUUUGCCUACAUUUGACAGAAUCACUGGGUAGGAAUAAUUCCCAUAAAGACUGAAAGAACGCAAAUUCACUUUUUAAGCGUCGUUCUCGUUGCCGUAGAGUGGUUGAAUCUUAAAGUCCAUAUUAAGGAGUUCGAAAACGAUAGAGUUCCACGGUGAGAAGUAAGAUAACAACGUAUGCAUCCUAUAAUCACGCGCCUGCGAUAUUUCGUCUGUCUCUAGAAGCGUGUUCUAAUUUUACUUCCAGGACCCUCAAGAGGACUUUCUUAAGCUAAAAUCGUCUUCAGGAGAAAAAAGUGGCAGAUACACGGUGACUGAGACCAAAAUAAUCAUCGCAAAUUCGGCAGGACAAGUAAGUUCCACUACUAAUGAAGGGAAAUAUCUGACUUUCUUAUUAGCCUCUACCUACACCAGUUUGGGGCUCUAUUAACGAACUUAAGAAGAAAUAAAACUAAUAAUACAUUAAAUUAUUCAGAGUAACAUACUAAGGCCUAAAGAAUUAAGUUAGGCUUAGAACAGGCCAACUAAAUUCCUUUGUUAAUUUCGUUAACCAAGUUUGAUCCCUUUGACAUUUAAUUCAGCAUUAUGAAAAGAAUUCACAGAAACAUGUACCUCUUCUUGUGGCUGGAAUAAAAAGCAGGUCUUUCUUUCCAGAAUGAUUUAGUACUAUUGUUUAACCAGAGAUGUUUAAUGGAAGCGUUAAAAUAUAGCAGAAACUGUGUCAAUUUAGCCACACACAUUUAAUAACUUAAACUUUUUUAAUGAACAGACCCUACAAUCCUCAGCUGAAAAUCUCCAAACCGUCAUGAAAACAACAGAUGGUAGAGAUAAAGACAUUCUAGAUAAACAAGGAGUUAAAAGGGAUUUCAAAUACAGAGAAGAGACGUUAAAAGAUGCACCUAUAUCAAGCAACAAGAUAAAAGAAAGUCAGCAGACACUAUUUCCGAAGGAGAAUGAAAAUAGGCAGAAGGCUAAAAUCACUGUUCACACAAUAGAAGAGGCAAUGACAACUAACAAAGAGCGCACGCCCGUAAGUGUUUGGUGUGCUUAUAAAAAUACUUGAUUCUUUUAUAUGCAGGUUGUCCCAAAAGUUCGCUCCACUAAAUUCAUGCGUUAUAGCUUUUGAUCAAAACUUUAUUCUUGCUUGAAAUUUUAGAAGGUGUUUAUUGCUCUAUGGAGUGCAUGUAUUUAGAAUUUCGAUAAAGGGCAUUCCCCCUUGGUUAUUUUAUCACAUUCUGUAGCCGUUGCAGCGUGGAGUGGGAUACAGCAUGAGGAUCCACAGAUGACUCUAUUUUAAGGAGGAGCCACUUCUCCACUUUGACACCCCACCCCGCUCCCCAGAAACAAGGCGUUUAGGCGGCUACAAAAAUAUUCUUUAAUGAUUCAUCCAUAAAAGAUAAUGAUCCCAUCCCCUAUUCAGAGUAACGCUUUUGUACUCCUUUACAAAUUUGAGACGAGCUCAUCGUUGUUUUGCUGACUAAAAAGAGGUUUUGUUGCCAUCUCAGGGGCCUCUAACCUUUGCUUUUCAUGAAACUGCUGUAGACAUGCCUUGCUAACUAUUGUGACAGCUAUCUUGUCGAAUUAUCUCUUUUGUAUCUAACCUUCUGCAAAACUGUUUUAGCCGCUUUAUUAAGGACUAUGAGUCUUAACUUCUUUUUUUUGUCUUCAAAACAUUCAUUUCUCGACCAUUUCACCACCGAAAAUUCGGAUUUUUCCAUUUUUUUAUCAGUUAUGUCUACUGAUAAGCCGGGAAAUCGAAGUAAACAUGCUUAUGCUGUCACGCAGCUGAACGUUUUGGCUUUUAGAGGUUUUUUCCUUUCAUGAUAUUCUCAAACAAAAAAAAGGAAGGAGUUUGAGAAAAUCGGGCUACACAAUACAAAAAAUAUGUGGCGGGAAAAUGUAUUUGCGCACGCGCACCUUUAAAGCCGAAUCACAUAAAUCGAAUAUUAGAGUCACAAGGUGGCACAACAAGUAUAAAAUGUUAAAUCGCAUUGAAAGACACAACUUUUCAGAAUAACAUACUAAACUAUUCAGAGUAACAUACUAAGGCGUAAAGAAUCAAUCGUAAAGAAUCUUGUGACUGGAAUAAAAAGCAGGCCUUUCUUUCCAGAAUGAUUUAGUGCUCUUGUUUAACCAGAGAUGUUUAAAGGAAGCGUAAUAAUGUAGCAUAAACUGUGUCACAUUAGCCACACACAUUUAAUAACUUAAUUUUUUUAAAACUGAUUACGAGUCUUCAUAGCCAAUAACACCACGGCUUAACUGACAGACGACCAAUAACAUCGCGACGUAAUUGACCAAUCAGAUCUAUAACCAGAGUAUAAUACCAUCAACUGACGUGAUGCAAUUCACUUUGACUCUGAAGAUGACUACCGCACAGGUGGUCGAAACGUCAGUCACUGUCAACAACAACAAUCCUAUUCAAGACUACAUUCACCCGGACGAUCAAACUCAACCUCUUUUUAAUUUUUUUAAUCAACAGACCCUACAAUCUUCAGCUGAAAAUCUCCAAACCGUCAUGAAAACAACAGAUGGUAGAGAUAACGACAUUCUAGAUAAACAAGGAGUUGAAACGGAUGCCAAAGACAGAAAAGAGACAUUGAAAGAUACACUUCAAUCAAGUAACAGCAUAAGAGAAAGUCAGGAGACAAUAUUUUCGAGGGAAGAUGAAAAUGAGCAGCAGGCUAAAAUCACUGUUCACACAAUAGAAGAGGCAAUGACAACUACCAAAGAGCGCACGCCUGUAAGUGUUUGGUGUGGUUAUGAUAAUGCGUUAUCCUUUUAGUAUAUGACAGGAUCAAAGAAAGUAGUGUCCGAUAGCCCGGGGUAGUGGAUUUUGCUAUCGGGCUAGUGAGUCUUGUCCUUAACUUGCCCGACGGGCAAGUGAAGUUUUUUGAGGAAUUCAAAUUACAGAAGAACUGUGAAAUCAGUUCUGCUUAUGAAAAGUUUUUUUAAGCUAGUAGAAAUGACGUUAGCGCUAGAAUAUCUAGCCUUAGCUUGCCCAAAUCGCAAGCUGUAAAACUAACUUUCACUAGACUUUUUUGACGCUUUAGUCAUCUUAUUACUUCCCUUUACUUUUGACUGAUCCUGGAUUAGACGUCCUAACUUAGCAAUAGUGAGCUUAAGCAACAAAGACGACGGUGGUUACGAAAACGCCACAUCAUAAAAAGAGAAUUCGAUUUGCUUCAGACUUUAUCGUACUUAUUCCAACCGAACUCUUUCAAUUCCUCAAAUCUUGGCAAAUUAGACUGUAUCGAAUUUCGGGAAAAGAAAAAGAAAGUUUUUGUCUUGUGUUGACGUUCUCCACAAAGCGUAAACUUGGGCCGUAUUUUGACGUCGCAGUCUUGUACUGACAGCAAAGAAAUGCACAAAAAAGUUUGAUGUACGUGCAAAGUUUUGUUUCCAAUCUAAGCCUAUUAGCAUUGCUUUUUUUCUGUUUUCGUUGCCGUUAAUGUCGUCGUCGUCGUUGCUUCAGCUCCCUAUUGUUUAUAAACGUGUUUGCUUUGUAAAGGACUUCAAGAAGACAACUACUUUCUUUGAAAAAAAGUAGUUGUCUUUUUCACGUCCUUCACAAAACCCGUGAAAUUAGGCACUUAGUCACGUCUUUGUUGUUGCAAUGUACAAAAAAUCGUGAUGUAAGCGCAAAGCUGUUAUUUUUCUUAUCGAAGGCCCUGUCCACAAAUGCGUUUUCAAAAGUAUGCGUUUUUGUUGUCAUCGACAACGAGUCGAUUGAUUUGUGUCCACACUACCGUUUCGAUGCGUUUUCGACUUUCCCUGUUAAGAAGUUCAAAAACGAUAGGGUUACACGUUAAGAAGUAAGUUAAAGCAUGAGCGCAUCCUAGAAACAUGCGCCUGCGAUAUUUAUUCUGUCUCUGAAGGUGUAUUCUAAAUUUUCCUCCAGGACCCUAGAGAGGACUUUCUUAAGUUAAAACCGCCUUUACAGAUCUCAGGAGAACAGAGUUGCAGAUACACGGUGACUGAGACCAGGAAAAUAAUCACAAAUUCAGGAGAACAAGUUAGUUCCACUACUAAUGAGUUUCAGUUUUCAGUUUCUAUGUAUACCAGAUUCUCGCUUUACUAAAGCCAUUAAGAAAAAAUAAAACUAAUAAUACAUUAAACUAUUCAGAGCAACAUACUAAGACCUAAAGGAUCAAGUCAACUCCUUUCUUAACUUCGUUAACCAAGUUCGAUCCCUUCGAUAUUUAAUUCAGCGUUGUGAAAAGAAUUCACAGAAACAUAAGCAUCUGCUCGGGCUUAAAUAAAAAGCAGGUUUUCAAUGUUUUGGGACCUUAGUUUAACUGAGAUGUAGCCUACACUGUGUCAAUUAAGCCGCACAGUUCCUACAUUUAAUAUCUUACAUUAUCUGUCCACACUAAUGCGUUAUCAAAAGUAUGCCUUUUUGUUGUCAUUCACAACGCGUCGAUUGAUUUGGGUCUACACUACUGUUUUGAUGCGUUUUCGACUGGCCACAUUAAGAAGUUCGAAAACGACAGAGUUGCACUUUGAGAAAUAACUUGAAGAAUGUGCGCAUUCUACAAUCACACGCCUGCCAUAUUUCGUCUGUCUCUGAAGGCGUAUUCUAAUGUUUCUUCCAGGACCCUAAAGAAGACUUUCUUAAGUUAAAUUCGGCUUCAGGAGAAGAGGGUAGCGGAUACACAGUGACUCAGACCAGACGAAUCAUCACAAAUUCAGGAGGAAAAGUUAGUUACACUACUAAUGAGGAGGAAAUAUUCUGAAUUUCUUAUCAGCUUCUAUAUAGAAAAGAUUCGAGUACCAUACUAAGGCCUAACGAAUCAAGUUAGACGUAGAACAGGCCAACUGAAUUCCUUUGUAAACUUCAAGUUCGAUCCCUUUAAUAUUUAAUUCAGGAUUGUGAAAAGAAUUCACAGAAACAUGUGCCUCUGCUUGCGACUGGAAUAAAAAGCAGGUCUUCUUUUCCAGAAUGUUUUGAUACUAUUGUUUAACCUGAGAUGUCCAAAGGAAGCGUAAUAAUACAGCAUAAACUGUGUCAAUUUAGCCACACAUAUUUAAUAACUUAAAUUUUUUUAAAUUACAGACCCUACAAUCCUCAGCUGAAAAUCUUCAAACGGUCAUGAAAACAACAGAUGGUAGAGAUAAAGACAUUCUAGAUAAACAAGGAGUUGAAACGGAUGGCAAAGACAGAGAAGAGACAGUGAAAGAUGCUCCUACACCAAGCAACAACAUAGAAGGAAGCCAGCAGUCACCAUUUCUGAGGGAAGAUGAACAUAAGCAGAUGGCUAAAAACACUGUUCACAUAACAGAAGAGGCAAUGACAACUAACAAAGAGCGCACGCCCGUACGUGUUUGGUGUGGUUAUGAAAAUACGUGAUCCUUUUAUAUACAGGGUGUCCCAAAAGUUUCGUUCCUCUAAUUUCAUGUGUUAGAACUUUUGAUGAAAACAUUAUUCUUACACGAAAUUUUAGAAGGUUUUUAUUGCUCUAUGGAGUGCAUAUAGUUAGAAUUUUAGUAAAGAGCAUCCCCCCUUUGUCAUUUUAUCACAUUCUAUGUUCAUUGCAGCAUGGAGUGGGAUACUGCAUGAAGAUCCAAAGAUGACACUAUUUGAAGCGGAAGCCACUUCUCCACAUUGAACCCCCCCCCCCCCCCCCGAAACAACUUUUUUUUUUAGUUUAGGCGUUUAGGCAGCUGGAGAAAUAUACCUUAAGCAUGCAUCCAAAAAAGAUAAUGAUCCCAGCCCCUAUUCAGAGUAACGCUUUUUCACUCCUUUACAAAUUUUAGACGAGCUCAUCGUUGUUUUGCAGUCUAAGUAGAGGUUUUGUUGCCAUCUCUGGGGCCUAUAACCUUUGCUUUCCAUGAAAAUGCUUUAGACAUGGCUUCCUAACUAUUGUGACAGCUAUUUCAAAACUAUUUUAGCCGCUUUAUUCCAGACUGUCAGUCUUCUCUUUCUUUUUUGUCUUUAAAACCUUUAUUUCUCGAUGACCAUUUUACCACCGAAAAUUCGGAUUUUUCCAUUUUUUGAAUCAGUUAUUUCUACUGAUAAGCCAGUAAAUCGAAGUAAGCAUGCUUAUGCUGUCACGCAGCUGAACUUUUUUGCGUUUAGAGGUUUUUUCUUUCAUAAUAUUCUCAAAAAAGAAGGAAGGAGUGUGACAAAAUCGGGCUACAAAAUACAAAAAAUAAUUGGCGGGAAAAUGUACUCGCGUAUCCGCACCUUCGGCGCAAAACUACACAAAUCGAAUAUUGGAGAUGAUGGUACAACAAGUAUAAAAUAUUAA